GCGCCGCCAACUCAUUCUUUCGCAAAGAAAUCGUCAGACAAACCUUGUGUGUUGCUUACGUUUCGUGUCAAAAAAGGACUUAAAAAUGCGUUACGUGGCCGCAUACCUUCUCGCUGUGUUGGGUGGCAAUGAAAAUCCCUCCACCAAGGAUCUGGAGAAGAUUCUGAGCUCCGUGGGUGUUGAGGUAGACGCUGAGCGUGUUAAAAAAGUCGUGUCAGAGCUCAAUGGCAAGAGCAUCAAUGAGCUGAUUGAGCAGGGACGUGAGAAGCUCUCGUCGAUGCCCGCAGGAGGUGGUGCUGUUGCUGCUGCUGCUGGUCCAGCUGCCACUGCUCCUGCAGCUGCUGCCGAAGAGAAGAAAGAAGAGAAAAAGAAGGAAGAAUCCGAGUCUGAGGACGACGAUAUGGGCUUCGGGCUGUUUGAGUAGAACGGUGGCAUGGGCAUCAGAUUCCGGACAUGUACAAAAGGCAUUUUUGUAUCCUGACCAGUCAUCAGACUUUUAAGAUUUAUUUCCGUGAAAUAAAUGGAAAAGAUCCAAAAAAA